UUAUAUCAAAUGGAAAAUGAGUUCAAUAUAAGCAAGAACUUUGUGCUCCUUGGCAUUGAGGAGAUGGAAAGGUUUAAAUAUCUUUACUGCUCACUUUUACUCAUAAUUUACUUCUUCAUUUUGCUGUUUAGCUUCACAAUCAUCUUUGUGGUGGUGUUUGAUGAAAGCCUUCAUGAGCCCAUGUACACUCUCAUAGCCAGCCUUCUGCUCAACGGGAUAUUCGGGAGCUCGUGUGUCUUCCCAAAACUGAUCACUGACUUGUUAUUUUCAUCCAAUGAAAUUUCACGUGUUGGCUGUUUCACCCAGACAUUCGGUGUGACACUUUUUGGCUAUUGUGAAGUCUCCACAUUCACCAUCAUGGCACAUGACACCUAUUUAGCAGUUGGCCACCCAUUGAGAUACCCAACUCUAAUGACAAAUUCAGUGGUUUUAAAAUUAAUUAUGGGAUCUCUGAUCUUUAAUAUCAUGCUAACUUUGCCUCUUCCAUUACUUGCUGUCAGGCUACCUCUUUGUGGCUCUCACAUUAGCAACGUAUUUUGUGAUAACCCAUCCAUCCUUUUUCUCUCCUGUGUAGAUACUUCUCUUAACAAGUUGUAUGGAAAUGUUAGUUUUGUGAGUAAUUUAAUGGUUAUGUUAAUACUUAUAUCCCAUUCCUACCUCCAGAUAUUCCUGAUUUGCCUAAAGAUUUCCAAAGACGCCUGUAAGAAAACCAUUCACACCCUGGUGACCCACCUCCUCAACUUCUCCAUUUUCAUGGCAGGAGGUCUAUUUCUCUUUGUUCGCUACAGACUGGGGAACAAUAACCUCACACUUACCUUCCACAUACUACUUGCUAUAAUGGGCUUUAUAUUUACCCCUCUUCUCACUCCUUUAAUAUAUGGAAUAAGGAUGCAAAGACUAAAAAUGAAAAUCAUUCAUCACAUUUCACAUUCAGCAGAGUGCACUUCGGGUUAUGCAGAUUGCGGUAUCAUAUCCCAUUCCUACCUCCUGAUAUUCCUGAUCUGCCUCCAGAUUUCCAAAGACGCCUGUGAGAAAGCCAUUCACACCCUGAGAGAGGCUGAUUGUGAAGCCAGUGAGGAGCUGAAAAUUCACACUAUCAUCUUUGUGGCGGUGUUUGUUGAAAGCCUUCAUGAGCCCAUGUACACUGUCAUAGCCAGCCUUCUGCUCAACGGAAUCAAUGCAAAUGAGGAAUCCAGAGGCUUUAAAGUUUCCAAAGACACCUGUAAGAAAGCCAUUCACACCCUGGUGAUCCACCUACUCAAUUUCUCCCCUUUCAGUUUAAGGAGUUCCACUUGUAUUUGUUUGUUUCAGAAUGGGAACCACUAA